UGAAAUAGAGACCCUAACCCCUCGAAAAUUAUCGGUCCAAAAAUCACUUAAGCGAAGCAUCGAAAAGAUCCCACAAAGAUUUGUCAAAUUAGGGUUUCAAGUGCUGAGGUCGAAAGGCAAAUUCUUCUCAGGGGGACGUCGACCGCAGCGCAGCAGGACGCUACGCUUGCGACAGAUUUGCUGCGGGACGAUGCAUUCCAAAGACGGACUCGUAUGGUAGAUUGCUCCAAUCUCGCCUCUCUGCUCUGCUCCAAUUUUCGCAGGCUAGACGUGGUCGGAAUCCGUCUCGGAACCGUUCAAACUCAGCAUGGAAUCGUGAAUUGCAUGCACUUGAUCAUUGUGGAGCCUGAGCUCGCAUUGUGGCUCGCUACGUCUGGAUUUGAAGAGGAGAUCGUGAGCUGUGGCUAAUUGAGAGGGAGAGAUACGACGGUGGUGUUUGGUAUUGUCAAUUGGACUGAUUGUUUUGGCCACAAGGAGAAGUGGGAGCGGAAAUGCGUCUGGUUGCUCGAAGAAACCUCCAUGCGUGAGCAAUCCAGCUGGGAACGUGCUUCGAGUGAAUAGGAUUGAUUGAACACAUUUCGCGGCAGGAUUCAGACAGCAAUUUAGGUUUCCGGAGUUGGCUAAAUUUCAGCAGAUUGUGAUGUGUUGUUGGAGAAACAAGAGGUAGUGGCAGGUUGAAUUUUAAUGUCAGUGAUGGCUGUAAGGAUGCGACGAGUUUUGGUACUGGCGAAACGCAGCGCUUAUGACAUGUAUGUGGCGAGGCACCAAGACCCAUCUUUCACGCGUUUCUUGUCGGAACCUCAGGCGAUGCAGGUGCUUUCCAAUUCCUCACACCAGCAUGAAUACGGUUCCAUCCAGAUGGUGGGCAACCUUCAAGACAGGCACAGGGUUCAUGAGCACACUGUUCGACUGUGUAAAGAUGUUCUUAGUCGCCGGCAAGCUCAUAUCCAGUUCGAAAUGCAUUUAAGGGAUGAACUACAGUCUCCCAUCCGCGAUAUAGACUUAGUGAUCACUGUUGGAGGGGAUGGAACACUUCUUCAAGCAAGUCAUUACUUAGAUAGCUCCAUUCCUGUGUUGGGCGUAAAUUCCGAUCCUACUCAAAUUGAUGAGGUUGAGGAAAAUCUCGGACGUUUUGAUGCGAAUCGGAGCUCUGGCCACCUUUGUGGAGCAACUGCAGAAAAUUUCGAGCAGAUGCUCGAUGAUAUUCUUAACGGAACGAUGGAGCCAGCAGAGGUAACAAGGAUUGCGACAUUCAUUGAUGGGGUCAAGAUUGACACUCCUGCCUUGAAUGAUAUUCUUAUUGCGCAUCCAAGUCCAGCUGCAAUAUCUCGCUGCAGUUUUAGUAUUGAGAAGCAAAGCACUGAGGAACUACUCAUCCCAGUCAUUCACUCGCGUUCAAGUGGGUUACGUAUUUCCACUGCAACAGGCUCAACAGCAGCAAUGAAAUCAGCUGGUGGAACCGUGAUGCCUCUCCUGUCCUCCAAAUUGCAGUAUAUGGUAAGGGAGCCCAACAGUCCACACCCGAAGUAUACAAGCUUCUUGAAAGGGUUUGUUGAAGACGAUCAUGUAUUACAGGUUGAUUGGCGUUCUAGGAAAGGCAUUAUCUAUGUUGAUGGGUCUCAUCUUUGCUAUCCCAUCAGUUUUGGCAGCAAGAUUGGUGUAUCAAAUUGUGCACCUCCUUUACGUAUUUUUUGGGCUCAGAAGUGAAGUGCGGCUAUUGCAUCUAAAUUUUAGUGGAUCAUGAUCCUUCACUUAUACGAACCAUGUCGCACCUACACAGUGCGUAGCUCCACAUGACCAAAUCAAAGCCUUUGCUUUCGGUUAACUCACAGGUAGUGCUUGUAUAUAGUACUUCUGACGCCAACGGUCAUUGUUUGUGCGAUUGGCAAUUUAUUUGUCUAUUCUCUUGGUAGACGUUACAAUUCUUUUCUU